AGGACUAGUUCUUCCCUUAAACCAAGCCAACUUUCAUAAAUCAGCUUCUAUAUCUGCUAGGGUUUUCCCACAUAAACAACUCUGGUAAAAACAAUUCCAAGCUCUGAUGAACAUGGGGUUUAUGAGCUACCAUGUAGUAAAUGACCAAAGCUUGUGUUUUCAAGCUCCUACUUUCAUUGAGUGGCUCAAGCCAUCUUCGUCGUCAUCAUCAUCAUCUUUUGAAUGGCUCAACCCCAUGGAUACUUUGAAACUGCAGCAGCAGCAGGAAACUAUUGAAUGCCUACCACUUUUGAGCAGGUUUACUGAGAAGAAACCAUUGAAAGAGGAAGAUUUGGAGAAGAAGAAGAGUAUUGGGGAUAUUAAAGAAGAAAAGAUUGAGAAAUUUACGAUUUCUCUACACAUUGGGUUGCCUAACAGCAAUAAUAUUCCAGUUGCAGACAACGAGGUUAUGAAGGAGAAAGAAGCCAUGGAGAAAACCUUCCAUGGAUGCUCUUUGAACACUGCAAGUAGGUUUUGGAUCCCAACUCCAGCACAGAUACUCGUCGGUCCCAUGCAGUUUGCUUGCUCAAUUUGUAGCAAGACAUUCAAUAGGUACAAUAACAUGCAGAUGCAUAUGUGGGGGCACGGAUCUGAAUAUAGGAAAGGGCCAGAUUCACUUAAAGGAACACAACCGGCAGCAAUGCUGAGGCUACCAUGCUACUGCUGUGCCCAGGGCUGCAAAAACAACAUAAACCACCCUCGAGCCAAGCCAUUGAAAGACUUCCGAACACUCCAAACACACUACAAAAGGAAACAUGGUUCCAAACCCUUCAUGUGUCGGAAAUGUGGCAAGGCGUUCGCCGUCAAAGGCGAUUGGCGAACACAUGAGAAGAACUGCGGCAAGCUAUGGUAUUGCACCUGCGGCUCCGAUUUUAAGCACAAAAGGUCUCUGAAAGAUCACAUCCGGUCGUUCGGCAAAGGCCAUUCCCCUCAUCCUUCCCUUGAGGGAUUCGAAGAUGACAAGGAAUGCAUCACCGGUUCCGAAAGCGAUUUCGUUCACUAGACUUGUUCACUAGACUUGUGACUCAAG